GAAAAGCGCGCGCGUACCUCAAAACCUGUUGCUGCAUUUAUCAUUAGGUGAAAUACUUUAGCUAUCGCCUGUUAUUCGUUCGCUUGUUAAUGCUUCACAUGUUUAAUAUACUGUUCAACUGUUGUGUUAUUUUUAAAAUUUAUACAAAUCAUUUCCUGUUAUUCUGUUACUACGUGUAGUGCGUUUAAGUCGUAUUCAUAUAGCGAAUAUAGUGUGGGGAGCUAUGGUUGAGGUUCCUCAUCUCAGUGUUUUUUCCGUUCGAUUAUUUUUCUGCUAGCCCUUAUUUUGUCUUCAGCUCAUGCUUGUAUAAUGCUUAUUUCUAGGGUUACUAUACUAGUCAUUUUGGGCGAGACCGUUAAUUUAUGUACGAACCGACCUGAAAGAAUAUAUCAGGCCUUGAAUUUCGUUCCAAAAUUCAUUUAUCCAUAAAGCUAAUUGGCAUUUAGGCACCAAAUGAUGUCAGUUCAUAGUGAAAGCCUCAACUCUAAUUCCUAACCCUGACAUUCAAUUGUCAAUCCUUGUCCUGAUUCUUCACACAAAUCUACAACGUUUGUGUAGUUCCAGCAAGUAGUUGGACAUUCUUCAGGUCAUUUAAGCACCACCUGAAGUUCGUGCAUAGACUGAAGUCCCUCUGUCAUUUACGAAGCACUUUAUCAAACCACUGUUUGGAGCCUGUGAGUCUUAUUUUAACAGGUAUUCUUGUAUUUUGUCGUGCAACCUGGUCUUCUUUUAAUAAGUAAGCUUAUCAUGUAAGAACUGGCACUGCAAGCACCGCUACUCUUAUCAGUAGAUUGUGUGGUCCUUCCCGUGUACUCACCUUAAAAGAAAGUCCUCAAAUGCCCUGGUACGGCCGAGGGUGGGAGAAUUAGCUCUCUUUCGAAAUGCUCUCACAUAGCCACGCGUAUACAGCCACUACCAGGGAAGUCCUACUCACUGCCUUCCCGUGUCGGGGGUGUUGUUUACAAAAUUGAGAGGACGAAAAGCGAAUGUCCGGUGCUUUAACCGGGUUGGUGGACACUGAGAGUCCAUCUAGGGGAGUGGAAGACCCUGACUCCAAACCGAUAGUACAUAUGGGCUCCAGUAUCCUGAAGGGACAAAUGGUGUAUAAACCAAUCGUUGGUCACCGGCUGCUAUAAGACUGCAUCUGCUCCACUGCCUUGUGGAUCAGACCUUUAGGUCGAACGCUCUGAGUGUGGCGCCUUAGGAAUACCACCUGCUUCAGUUUGGGCAUCCGGGCAGUAUCGUGGCCCACACACAAUUCAAGUGACGUGUGUGGCGCUUAUGCAUUCGGUGCCCCUUUGUACCCAUAUUUAUGUGUUCAAGUAAAUAACAAAUGUUCAACUUGUCUAUAAAGUGUUCCUAGUGUUGCGAUAAUAUUCCAGUCAGGUGGAUAGGUCAAAAUUUAAUUACGGGUUUUCAUUUUAAUUCCAAAGAUCGUGCUUACUAUGGUAUUAUUCCGGUCACUUGGUGUUGGGUCUGACAUGUACAUGUUUUUUCUACUCUGCAAGAUGUUCUGAAAUAGUCUGUCGAGAAUGAUAACAGAUGUAAUACAUCAGACCGCAUGAUGUACCAGAGCUUAAUAUCAUUAAGUCAUCGAACAACGGUCGCUACUUUCAUAAUUUUCUUUCAUAUUUAAGUGCAUGUGAUACGACUAAUUGACCCUUUGGUAUUCGUAUUUUAUUAGUAUGUUAUUGGUCAUGCUCCUGUCAAUACAUGUAUAUCGAGUUACACUCUUGACCCUAAAGUUGUUUCAAACGUUUCGUUAUUGUGACUAACGACUUUAGUAUAACAUGCGCUCACAAUGCUUGAGACGACCUGUUUUGUCAGUACAGGACGUGAAAGUAUUAGACUCUACAACUUUACUGCCUUUAAACCCUUAAUUUCUAGAAAAACCAUCCAUUAUGCUUGAUAUUCAAGUGUUUGGUUAAUAGUAGCAGUUUUUUUCAAAUUAUAAACCUGCUCUAGUUCUUACAAAAAGUGCUAUCGUGAAAUUGUUUGAAUGUAUUUACGUUCUAAAGCCAGUGCAAAACUAACGUUGAUUUAUACUGUUAAUAGCUACUAGAUUCUUGCAUGUGAUCCACCAUAACUGGCUGCAUUAAAUAAAAUUUCCACAACUUGAUGUCGCACUUGACUAUUUUCCACGCAUUCCUGGAUCACUCUUUUCCUCAAGAUAAUUACAUUGAUUCGGAACCUAGCUACGAAAGAUUAGCUCGUCAAGAUGUAGAAUGCACGUCUUAUGAAGCAAAACUUACUCGUGAAUGUAUUGGAGGUCAAUUAAAUCUCACAGAUUUGUUUUGCGAAAAUAUUUUUCCCACUGAGUGUAGUGUCACCAAGUUUGGAGAGAUGAAGACUGAGGCUGUUAUCGUGCGUGCGAUCGAAAAAGUUAGGGAUAGUGUUUUUAACAAACUUGGUUCUCGACUUUCUCAUAAUCGAUCUGUACUCAGACCAGGAGCUAUCAAAUAUGAGUCAGCAGCAAUUGAUGUUGUUUUGGAUGCCUCUCUCUCAAUUGUUCCUCGUGAGACUUUGGCCAAUUGGACUGGUUCAACUGAAAUUGGCAUUAGUUCUUCGUCAAGUACUGAAAGUUUGAAUCAUGGUAAGAGGGUAGAUAUAAAUAAGAAAACAAAAGAGCUGCUGGAAAAAAGAAUUCGAAAUUCCAAACCUCAACCGUCAUACAUCUUUCAGGUACGCUUUUGUGUAUUAAUGUCUUAAAUAUCUGGCAUUAUGUGUUCAAAUAGUUAUUUGUACAAAAUUUUGAUGGGAACUGAACUUGAUAAAAUAUACUGUGUAACUGUCUCUUGACUUUAUUGUACGCUUUCUACCCAUCACCCACCAGUAAGUGGAAUAUAAACAGUAUGUCGCUCCUAUUAUCAUGGUUGUAGCUAGUUGGUUAGGUAUUUCCUAACGUUAUAUUUUGUAUAGCUUAAAUACUUAAUACAAGAAAGUGCACUCACCACUUCUGAUACCGCCGUCUAUAUUGUUGUGUAUCGAUCAUUGACGUUUCUAAUAACGACUGUGGGAUAUAGUUUAAUUGUGGGUCAUCUCGAUUUCUGAGUGUACUUUCGGUUGCUGUGGGAUCCCGACUAGCCGGAUGUCAUGUGCAAGGUAAUGAAAAGAUAUAACACCCUCACAACUGUUAACUCUUCCUUCAGUCACAGAAACAUCCUUAGGGACUAAUAUACCGCUCGUUUAACUCUAAAUCAUUAACACACUGAAGGCUGAUACUAUGUUAUAGUAACUGGACCCUUUUUGGACAAUGGCUUUAAACUUCACGAAGUCUACAGGCAAUAAACUUUAAUCGUUGACGAGAACGGUAACCAAAGUACUGUCUGCAUUAAGUGAUUGAAAGUUGUGGAUCUGAGAAUUAGUCCUUUUCUUGGUUUGUCAUCGUCACAACAUCUUAUGAUAACGCGGUAAAGUAACUAUACAGAAUCACACAACACAUAAAAACAACAUCAAGUUUUGUUGUGCGCUAAAAAUUGACUAGUUCAGGUCAUACUAUAUGGUUCCUGUGACAACUGAACGAUUGCUGCACUUUUGUUUUAAUUUUAAAGUAACGAGUUUCAGUAUUCCAUAUGCUUCAACGUGACUAUUUAUUUCGAUAAAAGAUCUCAGUUGAAAUAUGGCUUCAAUAAAUAGUUUUGUCGAACUGUUUUCAUAUUGUGAACCAAAAUGACCGCAACACGAAUACUUAAAACUGAUUUCUAUAUAUCUUCUGUUAAAGCCUGUUGAUAAAAUGUCCUGAGAGUAUAUUCCACUUAAUCAGCAUUUAUUUUAUGUAGGGCGUUUAACUUUUAGUUUUCCUUAGCAUCAUUGACUCGAGUUAUUUUUAUGUUGUUUUGAUUUUAACCACAGUAAUAUGAAUUUUCACACUUCUGUAGAUUUUAUUGGUGUGGAUGUAUCAUUCAAAACUACAGAUUGUCUUAUCUAUAACAUAAGUUAUUGUGUAGUCGUGUAUCAUGUUGCUACAUACUCAUAAUUCUGAGAAAAAGUCUACAUCAUCGCAUAUAAUUCUGAUUUGUCAUUUACUAACAAAGCACUUACCUUUCAGCUAGUAGGCUGCUGGUUAAAACUAUCACUUAAAGCGAUUUGAGCAACCGGAGAGAAUCAUUGGCCCUCACACAAGGUGUAGAUCAACACCAAUUCCCGACCGAAGCUGCUACCUUGACGCGGUGGUCGGGCUUGCCUAUCGUGAUGACCCAACGGAGCUAUAUUGGCUGGAACAUAUGUUCCUGUAGGUUCUACCAUGCCAGGCAAGUCGAUCGGAGAACGGUAAGACUAAAAGCAGCAACUCAAGGUCUGAGGGCGAAGUCGUACUGCUGACUGCAGAGGGGGUGUGACAGCAGUAAGGUGUUUCCCUCGGACAACCAGCAUCUGCAGUGAUGCUGCCUUCCCACAAGGAGGGGUGGGGUUAGAAAAGGUCGACCCUAAAAAUGUCACACCUCACCUUACCUCACGGAUUUCCGUCUCCGGCGGUAAAGCCCUUUGAAGAACGGAGCUAACACAUUAAAAACCUUCCACGAAAAGGCCGUGCGCGACCGGCCUCAAGCAGUUGUCCCCUGGGCUUUGCGGUCACGCUCACAGGUCGUUAAGACCAACACUAAUCCAAUUUCCUUCUCAGGUUCCUCAAGAAAUACCCUUCCACGGUGUGGGUAGCCGGGAAGUGAUAUCAGCCCUCAUACCCGUAACAGCACACGAGACCAAGUUGGUCACAUUCAAAUCCUUCCUACACCUCCUAAUACCUCUCUUAUCUCCAUGACUAACCCUCCUCACGUCUCUUUAUCACCUCGCACCGCUAGGGCAAACGAUUCGAGUACGCGGAACGUUAUUCCUGGUCUCCUGAAACCACGCUCUAAACUACACGUAGGAGCUUUUAACGUACGAACACUGUGCCAAAUAGGACAGCAGGCUUCCUUAGCUAGGACUUUAGAAUCUCGCGCCAUCGAUGUGUGCUGCGUCUCUGAAACGCGCAUACAGGAUCCGAGUAGCGUCAUUCAUUUAACCUCACCAUGCCAAAAUAAAGAACCGACUCGAUUUACGCUUCGUGUAUCUGGAAGCCCUGAUUCUGCUUCCCGUGGCCUCGCCGGCGUAGGUAUAGCAUUGAGUCCUAGGGCAAAACUAGCUCUCUUAGAGUGGAUCCCAGUAGACAGCCGUUUGUGCGCUGUUCGACUGAACGGAACAGUAAGAAUCCGGAAAGAUAGGAACACUCGUCGUUGCCUCUUCGUCGUUUCUACCUAUUCUCCCACUGACUGCAGCUCAGAUGAUGUAAAAGAUGAGUUUUACAGAAAGCUUUCCGACCUUCUCCGAAAAGCUAGGCGCUCUGAUGUAGUCAUAGUGGCCGGUGACUUUUAUGCUUAAGUAGGUAAACUAAGCGAUAGGGAAAGACACCUAGGUGGAUCUUAUGGUGUCGUGGCUCAAAGAACAGAUAAUGGCGACCGUCUGUUGCAGCUAUGCUCAGAUAACCGCCUGUUCCUUGCAAAUACUAAUUUUAAGCAUAAGGAAAAACAUCUUUUAACAUGGCGACCUCUUAAUUCGUCCCAACGUUGGACCCAAAUAGAUCACAUCGCUAUCAGCCACCGAUGGAGGGGCUCGAUAGAAGACUGUCGCUCAUUCUGGAGCACAUGCUUAGUUUCAGAUCAUGCUCUAGUGCGAGCGCGUAUUUGCUUGCGUCUUACUGGACGUAGGAAAGACGCUGCAAGGAAACCUCUUAGGGGCCUACUUAAUGAUAGUCAAGCUAAGAGUAUAUUUGGGGAACAACUAGGAAAACAGUUAGGCAGCCAUGUAUGUGAUGCCCACCCCGAGGCAGCAUGGAAUGAUAUCCGAAAAGCUGUGGAAACAGCAGUGAUAUCUGCUAGUAAGGUAAACCAGAAGGUUAGGGAGCACCACUGGAUCUCAGCAGCAUCUAUCGCACUGAUAGAUGCCCGGAAACUCACCUGGCUCUGAACAUAAUGAAGAGCGGAGUCAGCUUAAGCGCAAGCUGACAAGAAGUCUACGCAAUGAUCGUGAACAGUGGUGGGUAGCGAAAGCAAGAGAGAUGGAAAAGGCAGCGGCAAUAGGUAAUAACAGACAAUUGUUCAGACUCGUUAGGUAUUAGGAACCCGACUGUAGCCCCCAAAUGCCCUGGUACGGCCGAGAGUGGGGAGAGCCCGCUCUCCCUCUCGAAAUGCUCUCGCACGGCCACGCGUAUAUAGCCUCUGCCAGGGAAGUCCUACUCACUGCCUUCUCGUGGCGGGGGUGUUGUUUACGAAAAUGAGAGGACGAAAAGCGAAUUUCCGGCACUUUAACCGGAUUCAAAACCAAUGGUGCACAUGGGCUCCAGUAUCCUGCGGGAACAAAUGGCGUAUGAACCAAUUGUUGGUCACCGGCAUCCAUGGGACUGCAUCUCCUCACGAUGCUCCACUGCCUUGUGGAUCAGACCUUCAGGUCGAAGGCUCGGGGUGUGGCUACCUAAGAAAACCACCUGCUUCAGUUUGGGUACCCGGGCAGUAUCACAGCCCUCACACAUAUCGAAUGAGAUUUGUGUGGCGCAUAUGUAUUUGGUGCCUCUUUGUACCAAUAUCUAUGUGUUGAAAUAAAUAAAUAAAUAAACCCGACUGUUAGCGAAACAAUCUCAGAGAAAGAUGGACAUAUUAUACAUUCUCAAUCCAGGAGAUUGGAUCGAUGGGCAGAACACUUUAGGGAUCAGUUCAACUGGCCUUCAGCUACACUUCGGUUUCCCACGAUCUCUAGUCAACCUGAAUGGCAAGUUAAUGUACGAAGUUGAAAAAGCCAUAAGAAAUCUGAAGCGUGGGAGAGCAGCAGGUCCUGACAGGUUUACUCCUGAGAUUUUUAAGGAUGGUGGUCCAGUAUCAGCAGUGAGAUUAACUGAGGUCUUAGGUAGAAUUUGGGAACUGGACGUAAUCCCAUCUGACUGGUCUCAAUCACUGAUUGUGCCAGUCUAUAAGAAAGGACAAAAGUCCUCUUGUGACAAUCACAGAGGAAUCAGUUUGACUAAUAUAGUGUCUAAAAUAUUAGCUUCAAUAAUACUUCAACGCCUAACUAAAGCUCGUGAAGAGCAGACUAGGGAAAAUCAGGCUGGUUUUCGACCUGGACGUGGUUGUAUAGACCAGAUAUUCACACUAGGUCAGGUUCUAGAACACAGACACACAUUCAGAUGCCCCACAAUCGUAGUAUUUCUCGACCUUAAGGCGGCAUUCGACUCUGUUGAUCGUGAGGUUCUAUGGCAGUGUUUGUCACUGAAAGGAGUAUCAAAGAAGUACAUUAACCUUAUAAAGGCUCUCUACUCGAACACAACUGGUAGAGUGAGAGCUUAUGGCGAACUGUCAUCAAAAUUGAUUACCUCAAGUGGUGUUCGUCAGGACUGUCCACUCUCCCCAUUCUUGUUCAACUUUGUGGUGGACGUACUUUUAGAGAUAACACUCUCCUCAUCUAAAUUUCCAGGUGUUGAAAUUUUACCGGGAGGUUCACUUGUUGACUUAGAAUAUGCAGAUGACAUAGUUUUAUUUGGUGAAGACGCUGACAAAAUGCAGAGUCUUCUGACCACUCUAAGCAACAAUGCAAGCAUGUUCGGGAUGCGAUUCUCUCCCUCGAAAUGCAAAAUGUUGCUUCAGGAUUGGGUUACAUCGACACCCGAACUAAUGAUAGGGAGUGAAGUAGUUGAGCGUGUCGACCGCUUCACUAAUCUUUGAAGUCUCAUCAGUCUCUGUGGCCUGGCGUGUGACGAAAUUUCAGCACGGAUACAGAAGGCUCGAUUAGCUUUUGCCAACUUGCGUCAUUUAUGGCGUAGGCGAGAUAUCUGUCUAUCAACCAAAGGACGUGUUUACUGCGCAGCAGUUCGUUCCGUCCUACUUUAUGGCAGUGAAACAUGGCCGGUAAGAGUAGAGGAUAUUCGUAGGUUACUAGUAUUCGAUCAUAGGUGUCUUCGAAACAUUGCCCGUAUGUCAUGGGACCAUCGAGUAAGUAACACAGUUGUUAGGAAACGGGUACUAGGUAAGGAUGGCAAAUCAAUUGAUGAAGUAGUGAAACUUCAUCAGUUGAGAUGGCUGGGAUAUGUGUUACGUAUGCCCAACGACCGACUGCUUCGACGUGCGAUGUUCAAUGGUAUAGGAGUAGGUUGGAAGAAAGUUAGGGGCGGCCAGACCAAAACAUGGCACAAGUCCAUGAAGUCACUGACAAGUGAACUGAGUCAUAUUGAUAGGUGUAGACUACCUGGUUGAGGACCGCGAGAUGAUAGCAACCGAUGGUUAGAGACCUUGAAUGAUAUGGCUCAAAAUCGUUUGCAUUGGUGUGCGCUGGUGCAUCCACUCUUUGUGUUCUUCCAAAUUCUAAUCUUCUGAAUUCUUCAUGUCCCUUUUUUCCUCUUUCCAAAUUUAUUUCACUGUAUUGUACUCCUUGAAUAACAUCUUCAAACCCUAAUUUUUCUGAUUACAGCUUAUAAUUUUACUACAUUUAACACUACGGGAUUUGAAUCGACAACUGCAUCUCUGUGCUAAUGUGGUGUGGCAACUCGAACUGAUGUACGUACGUACGAAGUUCUACGUUGUUACUGACUGACUGACUGAAUUGCUUUAAUCUGUACUAAGUAGAUGACUUUUACUAUCUAUUUAUUUAAACAAAUAUAUAUUGGUACGGGAGUGCGCCGAAUAUAUAAGCGCCACACAAAACAAUGAGAAUCUGAGAAGAAAAAAAAAGUGAGGAACGUAAAAAAAAUAAUAAAACAAUAACGAAGAGAUUGGUGUAAGGUAGUGUAAUAAUAAUAAUAGCAAUAGUAGGGGAACAGAAGGGUACAAUCAGAAGAAAUCUUUCAAUUAAGGAAGAUACAACCACUUUUUUUAUGAAGUAAAAGAAGUUCACAGCAGGAUCGCCACUGGCUUCUAUUCUGAGCCAUAUCUGAUAACGUUUCUAGCCACUGUGUAGCACCAUCUCUCGAACCCCAACCAGAGAGUCGUGAAGGACCGACACAAGCCAGUCCUUUGCAGCUUUCUUUCAUACCACGACACCAUGUCAUAUACUGACCACCUCUCCACUUUUUCAAACCAGUCCCAGAGUCGGCAAAUAAUGCACGAUGUGGAAUUCUCUGGGACGACAUUCGUAGAACAUGUCCAAGCCACUGAAGUCGGUGUUUGAAGAUGGUGACAUCAAUUGAAUUAUCGUCUCUGUGCCCGAACUCACGAUGCCGAACCUCUGCAUUACUAACAUGGUGUUGCCACUGGAUGUCAGCAAUCCUUCGGAGACAACGAUGACCGAACACAGAGAGUCGUCUAACGUCCUCAACCUAGGAGAGGCCAGGUUUCACAAGCAUAGAGCAAAACUGCUCUCACCGAUGCGUUGUAGAUCCGACCUUUUACAGCCAGACUGACAUCAUGAAGGCGUCGAAGAUGGCCCAGAUUGGCUUAAGCCGCUCUUGCUUUCACUAUACGUGAAUUGUUCUCAUCACUCACGCCACCACCAGCAAUUAUGUAGCUACCCAGAUGCACGAACUUCUCGACUACUUCUAUCUUCUCACCAUCCAGAGUGAGUACAGGAUUAGUAUCCUGCCAGUCUUGUAGAAGUACUUUGCACAUCGAAGGUGCAAAGCACAUACCAUACCUACGGACACUGAUUGCCAACUGAUUAAGUGCGGAUUGCAUACCUUGGGCAUUAUCGCACAGUAAGACAAUAUCAUCCGCAUACUCAAGGUCGAGAAGUCUUUCUCCAGGCAACAGAUUUACACCACCAUUACUUACAUUCAUCAGAGCUGUUUCCAGAAUGUCAUCUAUGGCAAUGUUGAAGAGGAAUGGUGAGAUCGGGCAACCCUGUCUAACCCCACUGCUCGAAUAGAACAAUGGAGAGAGGUGGUUGUAUGCCCUCACUCUGCUUGAGGUGUUUGUAUAUAGGGCCUUUAGGAUGUUAAUAAACUUCUCAGGCACACCCUUCUUCAAUAGACAAUCCCAGAGAACAGUCCUAUCCAACGAAUAGAAGGCAGCCCUGAUGUCAAGAAACACUACGAUUGUUGGACUGUGAUAAGUAUGACGGUGUUCUAACAUUUGGUGGAGGGUGAAGAUAUGAUCAAUACAUCCUCGACCAGAACGAAACCCAGCCUGCUCCUCGAGAGUCAAUCUUUCUCGAGUUUUGAACAACCUACGAAGCCAAUAGCUUGGACACAAUCGGAAGUAGACUUAUCCCCUGAUAGUUGUUACAGGAACGACGUGAACCGUUUUUAAAGAUAGGGACAACUAUCGACUCAUUCCAUGACGUUGGUACACUCUCUAGCUCCCACACCUUUGUAAACAACGUCGUCAGUUCCUUAGCCAGAAAGUCACCACCAUCUUUAAAAAGAGCCGGAGGUAAGUCAUCUGGGCCAGGUGAUUUGUAGCGUUUAAAGAGUUGGAGUUCCUUGCAGACUUCCGCCUCAUUUGGUGGAUCAGUCGUCACCGGCUAUGGAGGGCAGGACAGUCUGACCGAUGUUGCCGAGGCAGCAGGCCAGUUGAACUGCCCUUCAAAAAAUUCUGCCCAUCGUCCAAGACGUCAAUGGAUGUUAGUGAUUGGCAUCCCGUCAUCCUCACAGAUUGUUUCGCUCACACCAGAAUUCUUGCUGACAGUGGCUCGGAUGAGUUGGAAGAGCUUCCGGUAAUUACCAGAUGCAGCUGCUGCUUCCAGCUCAUUAGCACGCUCCGACCACCAUGCUUCUCGGUCCUUACACAAGCUUUGCCCAAUUUCACUACGUAACAACCUUCGUUUGUGGUCAAACUCACGGUCACCCGGAGUAGACCGACGGGCUUCAAUGAGUUGUAAGGAGCCUGAAGAAACCCAGUGCUUAUAAGCGGGACGUUUCGCGAACCCACAACUGACUGUACCCGCCAUUUUCAUGGCGUCAUGCUAUUGCAACUAAUGCUCAUCUAUACUUUUCGGUGGAAUGGUAGCUAGCCUAGAAGCUAGCUCGGUUCGAUACUUACUAGCAACAGAAGUUGCAACCAGCUUGCUAACAUCAAUCCGUUGGUGGCGGUCACUUCGUUGUCCACUGAAAAGUAAGGUAAGAUUGGCGCAGACCAAGGCAUGGUCAGAGUCCAGAUAGGUACUCCAAAAGGAGCGGCAGUCUUGUACACAACCACGCCAGAGGAAGCUGAUCGCGGUGUGAUCAAUCUGAGUCCAGGCUUGAGAUGCAGUGGGAGGACGCCAGGUGGCACAUCGGCGAUGACUGUGCCGAAAGUUAGUGCUAGCCAGAAACAGGUUGUGGUCUGUGCACAGUUGCAGUAGACGGUCCCCGUUAUCUGUCCUGCGACCAACAAGUCCCCAUCGGCCACCUAAACGACUCUCUUCUGUGCCUAGACGCGAAUUUGUAGUACUUCACCAGAGUCUUGAGUACGGGUCUCGGAUAGACAGCAAACAUCAAUAUUAAGACUUUCCAAAGACAUAGCCAGCCCUAUCUGUUGUCCGACCUACAUAAAUGUGCGAACGUUGAAGGCAGCCAGUUUGAGUGGUGCACGUGGUUUCAUAAAAACUGCGUCAGUAUUCGUAUUCGGUGGUAACAUACAAUUUUCAACCGGACAGUGACUCGAGAACGUUUAGAUACAAUCGGAUUUCCACCAUAGACAAGCUGCUGUGUAAGUCGAAAAAAAUAAGUAUAAACAGAGUGGGAAUAAGCGAAGGUGAAUAAUUACGUAUUAAAUAAUAAUAAUAAUAAUAAUAAUAGCAAUAAUAAUAAUUGAAUCAUUUGAAUGUUCGUCGAAGCAAAUGAAUUAGUUUCCAUGAUCAUAGACAGUUCAGUUCAUUAAUUGUGUGUGGGCUGUGAUACUGCCCGGGUGCCCAAACCGAAGCAGGUGGUUAUCUUAGGGGGCCACACCCCGAGCCUUCGACCUAAUGGUCUAACCCACAAGGCAGUGGAGCAUCGUAGAUGACGUAAACAAUCCUGUAGCCUUUUUUCCAUUUAGAUUUUAAUUAUAUUGUUGAAAAGUAGGAAGGUACUUAGCGCUUUCUGCAUUCAGAUUCUUGAGACUUCGAACCUAAUUUAAAUUAAUACUAGAGAACACACUGGUUUCUGUUUCAUUAUCCAUUGCUGAUGUAUUGUAAAACUAGCAAAUUCCUAUUAUUCCUCCUACAUCGACUUUCAACAUUAAACCUCCUGCUUUGGUUUCCUCCUCAAGUGUCACCAUAGCCAACGAUUCUAGUGCGUAAAACAUUGUCCCAGGUCUACUGAAACCGCGCUCCAAACUACACAUUAGAGCCUUCAACGUACGCACCCUGUGUCAAAUUGCCCAGCAGGCGUCCUGGGCUAAAACCCUAGGAUCUCGUACCAUUGAUAUAUGCUGUGUCUCCGAAACACACAUACAGGAUCCUAGUGUGGUCAUUCACUUGACGUCAAAAAGGAUAGUCGAUGGGAUGCACUUUCCGUGUAUCUGGCGACGCGGUGGCUAGUUUUCGUGAACUGGCGGGUGUGACAUAGCACUAAGUACGAGGGCAGAACAAGGACUAUUGGAGUGGAUCCCCGUUAACAGUCGUCUAUAUGUUGUUCGGCUCAACAGCUCCGUUAGAACUCGGAAGGAUAGGGACACACAUCGUUGCCUUUUCGUUGUUUCUGCCUAUGGUCCCACUGAUUGCAGCCCGGAUGAAGUGAAAGAUGAGUUUUACAGGAAGCUUUCUGAACUUCUUUAUAAUUCUGAACGCUCAGACAUAGUACUCGUAGCAGCUAGCUCAGAUGAAUUGGCUCCAGAGAUCUUUAAGUAUGGUGGUUCAAUUUUAGCGAUUAGGUUGACUGAUAUUUUAGCUAAAAUCUGGGAGUUUGACGUAAUCCCAUGUGGCUGGUCACAAUCACUUAUCGUCCCAAUAUAUAAGAAAGGGUCAAAAUCAUCCAGUGACAACCAUAGAGGGAUUAGUUUGACUAAUACAGCAUGUAAAAUAUUAGCGUCAAUAAUUAUCGAUCGCCUGACUAAGACUCGUGAACUGCAAACACGAGAAAAUCAGGCUGGCUUCAGACCUGGUCGUGGCUGCAUCGACCACGUAUUCACCAUUCGUCAGGUUCUAGAACACAAGCAUGCAAGCAGCAUUUGACUCUGUAAACCGAGAGGUUCUAUGGCAGUGUCUGUCAUUAAAAGGCGUACUUCAGAAGUACAUAAACCUUGUGAAGGCUCUUUACUCGAACACUACUAGUCAAGUUAUAGCAUAAGGUGAACUGUCAUCUGAUUUUGCAACUUCACGUGGUGUCCGUCAAGGCUGUCCACUUUCUCUAUUUUUGUUCAACUUCAUCAUAGACAUACUGAUAGAAAUAACGCUCUCAUCGACUGAAUUUUCGUGCAUUGAUUUUCUACCAGGAGGUCCAUUUAUCGACUUAGAAUAGACAGAUGAUAUAGUCAUGUUUGGUGAAGACGCUGAUAAAAUGCAGUCUUUUGGUAGCACUGAGUAACAAGGCCAGAAUGUUUGGGAUGCGUUUCCUCCUCUAAAUGCAAGUUGUUGCUUCAGGACUGGUCUGCGGCAACGCCUGAACUUAGGAUAGGGAGUGAAGUAUUCGAACGCGUCGACAACUGCACUUAUCUUGAAGUCUGUUCGGCCCUAACGGUUUGGCAUCUGACGAGUUCUCGGCACGGAUUCAGAAUGUUCGUUUGGCUUUUGCCAACUCACACCAAUGGCGAAUGCGAGUUAUUCACCUAUCAAUUAAGGGACGAGUAUAUUGUGCGGCAGUUCGUUCUGUUUUACUUUAUGGCUGCGAAACGUGGCUAUUAAGAGUAGAAGAUACUCGUAAGCUACUAGUAUUUGACCAAAGAUGUCUUAGAAAUAUUGCUUGCAUCUGCUAUUAUCACCGGGUGAGUAAUGAUGAAUUAUACGCAGGGUAUUAGGGAAUGACGGUAAAUGCGUUGAUGAGGUUGUGAACCUUCAUUGACUGAAAUGGUUGGGCCACGUAUUACUCAGGCCCAACCACCAAUUAUCAUGACGCACAAUGGUAACCGAUGUUGGGGAUGGUUGGAAGAAAGUUAGGGGCGGCCAGACCGAAACGUGGCAUCAGUGCUUGGGGCCACUAACUUCUAGGUUAAGCCAUGUUGGUAGAUGCAGACUACUUGGUUGGGGUCCGCGUGACUGUCGUUAGAGACUGAGUGACAUGGCUGAGAAUCGAUCACAAUAUUGUAGGUGUAUACACUCACUGUCUUCCCUUAAACUAUGGGAAUAAAAUCGCUCCAUAUCUUUCUGUCUACGAACUAAUUCUUUCUUCCUGUACUAUGUCCUUAGAUGCAAUGUUUCUUUUAUAUAUUGCAACCAGUGAAUGAAGUACGUCUAUGAAUCCUGUGUUCAUCUUGUGCUAAUGAGGUAUGGUAACGUGGACCGAUGCAUAUAUGUGCCUGGUCCUACGUUGUAGCUGACUGCAUGACUUACUGAUAGCGAAUUACUUUGGAACUAGUAUCUGUUCUAUGAAAAGGCAAAUAUUGAUAACUUUAUUGUAGUGUGGGCUACUUAUGCGGACUGAUAUAAGUAGGAUGUUAUAGGAUUUCGAAGUGAAAUGCCUACCGACAGAAUAUUGAAAUCAAGAGAAGAGGAUGGAAAACAGAGAGCAAUCGGAAUAACAACAGAAUUGGAAGAAUGAUGGAGUAUGUAAAGGAUAACUCAAAGAAGAUGUGCAGAUGAUGUAUUUAAUGUAUGACAAUCAUAUUUUACAAAGUCACUUUGUGAUUUUACAUAAAAUAAUAAAUCUUUUUACUUCACCAAGUCUUCGUUCACUACGGUAUUAAUGUUAAUAGAGUUUAUUUAUCCGACUGCAAAAACAUUUAAAAUUUUCGUAUUUUAUUUAAAAAUUACAAUUAAUCCACUAAAAUACAAAUGGGAAAAUUAAAUUUGUUAAUCUCUAUGGUGUAAAUUUUUUGUAGUAAUCUACUAUCAAAUGAUUUAAUACAAUUAUAUCAAUAGUUUUCAUAAUUCCGAUUUCUAGGAGGAUACCACUUGUGAACUCCCACCUUUAACUGAACUUGUCGACAACCCGGCAUUCAAUUGGGAAUUUGAACUAGAUACCUUUCAAAAACAAGCUAUUUUGUGCCUUGAGCGUAAUCAAACAGUCUUUGUAGCAGCCCAUACUUCGGCUGGGAAGACGGUUGUCGCAGAAUAUGCUUGUGCUCUCUGUCGACGUCGGGGCACAAGAGUUAUCUAUACGAGUCCGAUUAAAGCUUUAUCGAAUCAAAAGUUUUAUGAUUUCAGACAGACAUUCGGAGAUAGUGUUGGACUAAUUACAGGUGAUAUCAAACUGGCUCCCGAAUCUACAAUUCUAAUAAUGACCACGGAAAUUCUGCAUAACAUGUUGUGUAACGAUGCUGAUGUUAUCAGAGAUCUGGAAAUAGUCAUUAUGGACGAAGUUCAUUAUGUCAAUGAUGUGGAAAGAGGUCAUAUAUGGGAACAAAUUAUGAUAAUGCUGCCUAAACACGUGUUAUUAGUUAUGUUAAGUGCAACAGUUCCUAAUAAACUUGAUUUUGCUGAUUGGUUAGGACGUGUACGUGGAACUGAAGUACAUGUAGUUGCAACUAAUAAACGUCCAGUUCCAUUGGAACAUUUUCUUUUUACCGGUAUGGAUGGUCAACGUAGUAAAGAUCAUCUUCAUCUAAUUGUAGAUCAAGCUGGUCAAUUCAAUUUACCAGGUUAUAAACAGGCAAAUCGUAUGCUUAGCGGCGAAAAAGAUGUUGAUAAAAAGAAACCUACUGAAAAUCCGGCAAAUCCAUCGAAUGCUAAAAACGUGCCACGAAAGAAUACUGGUGGUAAAGUGAAUACUCCAGGUCAUUUCCGUGCAUUACCACCAACUAACGGAAUAAGUGUACAUGAUCAUCGUACCAAAAAUUUAUGGCUUGGAGUAAUUCACCUUCUUCAAGAGCGUGAUCUUAUGCCAACUAUAGCAUUUGCCUUUUCUCGAUCAUCAUUGGAAACUCUGGCUGGUCAUUUAUCUUCAGUGGACUUGUUAAAUUCAAGUGAAAAACAACAAGUUAAAAAUUUUCUACAUUGUUCUGUCACUAAACGAUUAAAAAGAUGUGAUCGUCAACUUGCUUCAGUUCAGUUUAUUAGUAAAUUAGCUGUUAGAGGAUUAGCUGUUCAUCAUGCUGGAAUGUUGCCUAUUUUGAAAGAGGUGAGAGUUAUCUUUUAUAAUUUUGUGAAAUUUCUUAGAAGCUAUUUGUCAACCGAUAUUUUCUGCACGUUAACUUUUAAAAACUAAAAGUGGGACACUAAUUAUAUUUACGGGCCUUCAAAUUACCCUCCUUAUACUCAAACGUCUACAAUGCAUGACAUCUAGCUGAACCUGUAUUUUCAUUUCGCCUCAACCAUAGCAGAAUAUAACUUGUUCUGAGAAUUCAUCAUUAUCAGUCUGUGGCUAUUUACUUGUUUACUACUAUCAGAUAUUAUAUACAUACCUCGGUUCUUGUUGGAUCUAUUUUAGUAGACUUCACUUCAUGAACCUUGUUUGCCAAUUACAGGCGUCUAUGUAUUGUGUUUUAUUCGGAUAAUCCCUUCAAACUGAUCUGAAUUUUUGAUCAGAUCAGUUAAUAAUAAAAGACGAACGCUCGUAUGAUAGCCAUCAGGAAGCCAAUUUGACUAAAAUAGUCUCUACACUCCCAUAGUUCAUGAUUAUUUCAUGCAUUAAUGGUAGUUAGACAACAGAAGACCGUAAUAACCAAUAUGAUUUCAGGUCUAAGCACGGGGUGUAUCCAUCAGAUUACCGUCUUUGUUAUCGUCUUGAGACACUGAAAAAUUUUACAGCUUCAAACAUCAUCUAUAUUCAUUGACUUAUAAGUCGGCAUUGGACUCAGUUUAUAUGGUAGUUGAUGGUGUUAUUUACUUAUGCUAUACGAUCUUAUUUGUAAAUAGAAAGUUGUUGCAUCAAUAAUAAAGCUAUAGAAAGUCACGUAAUAAACAGAUAAUGAGAUGCACUAGGAAGAAAAUAGUUUUUAGACGAAUAGGUGUGAAGGAUGAUUGUAUUUAUGAUGAAUGAAUAAUCAACUGAUAGUUUUGUGGAUCUCUUCAGGUCUCGCACGCGGGAUUCGGGCCCAGGACCUUCGAUCGUUAGUGCACACUGCUGAAUAUUCCUAUGCUAAAACGAAACCGCCCCCCAGUGCUUCCAGGUUUCAUGGUGGUCUAACAUUGGUCGCUUCCUGAUCCCAAUGAACUUCAUACGUUGAGAUAAUUGUUUUGUUCUAGCCCGUAAUUUUAACAAAUGACUUCUUAUAGUUUCCUUUGUUAACUAAGGCGAUAUAACUCAGGAUCGGUUUUUUGUCGUGUAGAUUCAUUCGCUGUCAGUCUUCCUUUAAAUCAUAAGCUUUAAAGUUAUCCUGUACUUUUUAUUCUGUGAAUUUAUUCUUUUUUGGCGAAUCAUAUUGUCUAGACGUAAUCUGUUUUGCUACAAUUGAUUCUGUUACUACUUCUACUAUUGCUUUGUCAUUUGUCUUAGGAUGUGGUGUGGUAUAUGACGCGAUUCAUUAAUGUUCCAAGCUCUACGUUGUUUAUGACUGACUGUUAAUGCCAUGAUUGAGGAGAUUACGAGAUCACUUAGAAAUCGGCGAACGGAACAAAAGAUCAGCAACACAGCGACAAGAGAAGCUAUACUAUUCACUGCUCCCCAUAUUCAGUCGAGGGGAAAGUAUGUUCUACAAGCAGUAGAAAGCACUAGUCAACAAGCACACAAAUCAAGCGUAUAUAUACAGCAUAAAAAUGUCCCUGAUAAACCUCGCAAAAUAGCGUAUUAAAAGUGGAAAUGAACCCAUAAGGGAAAUACAAAGUAAAGGUAAAAAUAAAAAUAGACGCUUUUGGGGCGAAAAUAAGAAAUUCGAAUUUUUAAAGGUAAAAUUACAAAAAUAAGACGUUUACCAGGUGAUUUCUAGGGGCCUUUCAUCCCCAAUAGUUAAUUUGUACAUUCAUUUUUCAUUUGACCAUUUUGUAUUUUUAUUCAUAAAAGCGUGUUCUGUUUUGUUAUUUUACACAAUAUUAGACAGUGGAGAUGUUAUUUCGACGUGGCUUAAUCAGAAUCUUAUUUGCUACUGAAACAUUUGCGAUGGGUGUAAAUAUGCCGGCUCGUUGUGUAAUCUUUACUACAUUGGAGAAAUUUGAUGGUCAAAAACGUCGUCCUUUAAAUUCAAGUGAGUAUACACAAAUGGCUGGGCGUGCAGGUCGUCGUGGUUUAGAUGCUUCCGGUUCUGUAAUUAUUCUACUUGGUGGAAUUGGUAAAUCACUUACACCAGGUAGUUCGGGUUUACCAUCUGAGCAUACACUGUGUGAUAUUAUUCUUGGAAGACAAACUCAAUUAGUUUCGAAAUUUAAAAUCACCUACUCUAUGAUAUUACAUUUACAUCGAACUAAUUGGUUAACUCCACAGGAUGUAAUGCGACGAAGUUUCAUGGAAGCAGCCAAUCUUAGACGUGAACUUGACCGUAAGCAAUGGUUGUCAGCUUUACGCAAAAAACUCGAUGAAACAACUACUCUUAUACCACCUGCUGGAUUAUCAUCAAAUAUACCUCAUCAAAUUGCUCGUAGUUCAAAUAGUAAAGUUACAAUAUCUAUGAAUAAUAUUUCUCGUUUAUCUGUACCAAUCGGUGAACCUAUUUUACAAGUGAAAUGCCCUUUUGGUCAAAUAAGUUGUUGUGAUGCAAUGACUACUUAUUAUCAGUCCUGUUGCAAUUAUCAAAAGCUUACAUCAUCCAUUGUCCGUUUACUUUCUGAAGAAAAUCUAACUGAUCUACAAAAAGUCUUCUGUCCAGGUCGUAUAGUAUUUAUUAAUCUACCACAAACUGAUAAUUCAUCAUUGUAUAAUAAAGUAACAACAAAACAACCCAAUUGGUUAGUACCAGGUGUUUUGGUUAAUUUAACAAAGAAAAAAAUCAAGAACGAAAGUGAAAUACAAUGCGAUAUUAUCACUUGGGAAUCGUCUAAUUUACCAAAUCAUUCUAGAUCAUUUAAAAAGUGUAAUCAUCAAUCGAUAAAUCAGACCGUUUCAGUGAAUGAUGUAAAUGAUAGAAAACAAGAAAAUAUUAACGAUAACACUACUCAAUGCAAUGAAUUUGAUGAAGAGGAUAUUUUGAAAGAAGGUGAAGAUUCUCAACUGUCUAAUACACCAUACCCUCCACAAUUAAUGCCUGUUUAUACACCUGAGGUAAAAUUCAUAAAAUGUAUUGUCUUUUCAUGAUUCUACGUUUAUUUUUCAUUAUAAAUUCCACUAGUCAAUGGAAGAUGGUUAUGCUCGUUUAACGUUAUUAUCCAAUUUGUCUAUUCGAUCAUUUGUACGAAUUACUGAUCAUGUUUUUACUGUAAAACAAUAUUGUAAUAAUACUGUAAAUAAUGCAAAUAUAACGCCAUCAGAAUUAUUACUUCGUGGUAUUAAACGUCAUCGUCAGCAAAUAGCAGCUAAACAAGCUGGUAUGCAUUUAGUGAUUGGUUCAAACUCGACUGCAAGUGAUUGUGAUCCCCUAGUUCUUAUGGAUGAAUUAAAUGCGAAUUUAUUUAAUCUUGUAAUUUCAUUGAUGCCGGAAUCUUCUAUGUCACCGAUGUUUGGUCUACCAGUUAACUGCCCUACUAAAGUUGACUUAAGAACAUCAUUGAAGUUCAAAGGAAUUUCAGAGGAGGAUGCUUGUGUGUUUGAUGAACACGCUUUACUCAGUGAUGAACUAACAACACCACUUCUGACAUCGGUUAUUACUCAGCGUUUGGCUCCGAUUAGUUGUCCUGAUCUUGUAGCACAUUUGGAACUGAUUCAUCGUACCUGCCGUCGAAGAUGGGCUGUAAAACGAAUUGAAGAUAGUUUAUCUAAUUCGCAGUUACAAUUAAAUACGGAGUAUGUGAAACGUUUGUGUGUUCUUGAAGAAUUGGGUUUUAUCGAUUCAGCAACACAUACUGGUUGUUUGACUUUAAAAGGUCGAAUUGCUUGUGAAUUGACAAAAAUGGAAGUGUUAAUUACUCAACUAUUACUAAAUGGUUCAUUCACUGAUUUAUCGGCUCCUGAUUUAGCAGCUGUUUUAUCGUGUUUUGUAUUUGAAACACGUUCCACUACUGAUACAGAACAAUUACAACAACACGAUGGACAAUAUUUACACAGUCUACUUGGAUCUCUAAUGAAUUUUACUAAUGAUGAUUGUAAUCAAAAUCAUCUGUCUAAUAGUUGUUCAGAUGUUACUUCUUAUCCUUCAAAUCUUAUACCUGCAUUACAAAAGAUUGUACUAUCUGCUAUAGAGCUAGAGCAAUUACAGACUAAAUAUGGUCUUACUGAUCCAUCUAUAGACACAAGGAUAACUCUACAAGCUGUAAAUGCUGUUUUUGCUUGGGCUCAAGGUUAUUCAUUCUCAUCAUUGGUUAGUAUGACUAGUGUUCCUGAAGGUCACUUGGUUCGUGGCUUAUUACAACUCGAUGAACUAUUACAUCAUAUAUGCAAUGCUUGUCAUCAUCUGGGUGAUAAAAAUUUAAGUUUACGAAUGAAGGAGGCAAGAAGUUUAAUAUUGCGAGAUCUUGUAUGUGCUCCAAGUUUGUAUACUGCAGAUGAUCUUGUGUGAAUUAUUUUAUUUCUGCAGCAGUCUUAUUUUGUUGAUGAUAUAUACGCAUAUACAUACCUUUAUGCUUUUUUAUAUUACUACUUAUAGUUACACUUGCUAUUUAUUUCAACUGAAAUGCUUUUUAUCGAGCAUAUUUAUACUUUUAAUAUCAAUGCAUUUCAAGGUUAUUUACGCAGCUAGUUUUUUAAUGUUGUUCUGUUCCCCUUUUUAUAUUAUUACUACUGAGUAUUUUUCUGUUUCUACCUGGUUUAAUUAACUGUAUACAAUCUUUUCUCCGCUCGUUUGUAUACAACUGUAUGCCUAUUUACAUAUUUUUUGUUAUUUAGCUAUUUUACUGACUUUCUCAAGAGGUUACUCUAUUUGUUGUAAUUUGAUAUAAUGUUUGUAUUGUUUCUUUUUGAGCAUAGUCUGUUUGCUCUCCUUUAGUUUAGUCGUUAUAAUCUAUUUAAAAGAUAAACAUUUUAACUUGCUCAAUUAACGAAUGAUAUAAUGGCAGCAAUUCAAUAAACAUUUUUACUGAACUGAUUCAUUUUCUAUGAUUUGAUAUACUUUGAAAAAAAAUUAAUUUUCGGUGUUAAGCAUAAAUUCAGAUUGCUUGUGUGCAGAGUUAUUUUACAGUGAAUAUCAAUAAAUCUAUACCAACACAAGGUUAGUGUGCCGAGAACUGAAUUUGGCACAAGAAUUGUUUGCUUGACAAUGAUUUGAAGUGUGUCAUCUCAAACAUAAGUGUUGCGUGGGCG